CGGAGAUUUUUAGCAGAUAGCGUUACCCCAAUUUAGAGUAAAUAUUUUACAAUUUGUUUAUUUAAAUAUGUGUUCACCUUGAAGGGUUUUUUUGUAGCUGCCAAAAAAUCAAGGUACAGUUAAAGGUAUACUUGAAUGAAUUAAGGCUUAAGUGACUGCUUACUGCCUUUAUUGGGGUUGAGAUCAGGUUACUCACAGCUUUUGAGCCAAGUUUUGAAAAUGAGGGGGCUUCGUCUUAAAGUGCUGUAAUUCCUGAACAUUUCCACCAAUUUUGAUGUGAAGGCGACAGUGUGUUGGUGAACGUCUAAUUGAAAGUUGUAUUAAAGUUACAGUGUAGUGAACCAAAGAGAUGGACUUGGGCCUCGUAACGCAACCAACCCAACAAUGUGCCGUUGCCAUGACAACACACAAACUUUGACAUGGCGUCGCUCUUAACAGACCCGCUGUUUGAAAUCUCUGGACGGGGUCCUCCACCCAACAAUAACUUUUAUCACCUUUUUCUCACCAAGUCAGACGUGAUAUGGAGAUGGUGGAAGAUAUCGCCGAGACUUGUAGACAGGUAUUCCAGGCCUGGGGAAGUGAAGGAGUCUCAUCAUGACUUCUUGGAUGACACUCGGCUGCAGGGUGAGGUCAGCAUGGUCUUUGGCCAAGGAAUCUUGGAGUACACCAAGGCUUUGUGCCAAGGCCAUUAUGAUUAUCUGGAGCACCUGUCUGACUCCUUACUUCUACGGAUAAUAAAUUAUCUAGAGCUUGAGGAUGUGGGUCAGCUUGGAAGAACGUCACGCAGGUUCAGGCAGCUAUGUGGGUCAGAGGAGUUUUGGGAGCAGGCAGUGCGGCAGCGCUUUAACGCUGUUUCAGGUGAGAUGGCAUCUCUGGCACUAGAGGUAGGCUGGCGCAAUAUCUUUUUCACCAGCAAGUUACAGCUGCAGAAGUUGAUCAGCCGUAGGAGGCUGAAGAUUGAGGAGCAGCAGGAAGAACAGGUGUCUGAGCCAGAUGCACUCGCAGAGGAAUCUCCUGAUGAAGGCUCAGAGAUUAUUCAGCCACACGGUUUGGAUGAGGAGUCUCCCGCUGGAAUUGUCUCCGACCCAAUCCUCUGCACUGACACUGCUGCUGGGUCUGACACCAGCUCUUGCUGUGAUGAUAAUGCUGAUCUUAACCAUCAAACAGAGGCCGGCUCUGAUUCUGACAAACCUGUGUCUGACCUGUUCCUGGAGGACACGAUACACUGUGAGGUAGAAACACUGAGCAACGGUAGAGGAGACUUCAGUACGGAGCCGGACAAAACACAGACUUAAACCGUUUAACAAAUGUUGUUCAGACUUAUUGUUACAUUAAUGUGUCAUAUUUGCAUAUUUUCUUAUCAUAAAAGUGUGUUGGCUAUGUAUCAGCCAAACAGUUUUUUAUCUUUCAUUGGUUAAGUGAUUUCAUUCUUGUUCAUUUGAUAUUAUUUUUCAGUUGGUAUUUUUCACAAGUAUAUUUGUUGUGCCAUGAUAUUAGCUUUGCUUGCUAAGUUGAUAUUAAUUGUUGAUUGUAAUGUACAAGUUGUAAUAUACAAUAUUGUAGGGUGGAAAUAAAUUUAUAUACUGUU